GGUGGGGUCCUUGCAGCAGUCCGCGAUGGCGGCGCUAGGUGGUCGGCGGCUGUGGCUGUUGCUCGGGCGAUGGCGGCCAGUAUCCAGCCUGGUCUUCAGAAGUAAUCUAAGAAAUGUUCAUUCUGCUUUGAGUUCAACUUCAAGAUACCUAAAGGGAUCAAUGUUUCUGACUCCAACUGGAACUGAAUUUGUCACUGGUCGAUUCAUGGCAUUACAGACCCUGGACACACCAAAUCCUAACAGCUUAAAGUUUCUCGUUGGUCGUCAAAUAGUUGAAUCAGGGAGCAUUGAUUUUCCAAAUGUCGAUUCAGCUCAUAGCUCACCUCUAGCCAAGCAGCUGUUCCAAAUAGAAGGGGUUAAAAGUGUGUUCUUUGGGCCUGAUUUCAUUACAAUAACUAGGGAAAGUCAAGUGGAAUGGAAUAUCCUUAAGCCGCAAGUUUCUGCUGUCCUUGUGGAUUUCUUUGCUAGUGGUGUUCCUUUAAUCACAGAUGUGCUGCAAGCAGAUUCUGCCUCCACAGACAGUGAGGAGGAUGAUGAAGUGGUUGCAAUGAUCAAGGAACUACUGGAUACAAGAAUAAGGCCUACUGUGCAGGAAGAUGGAGGAGAUGUCAUUUUUAAAGGUUUUGAAAAUGGUGUUGUGAAGCUAAAAUUACUGGGCUCCUGCACUGGCUGUCCAAGCUCAGUCAUUACUUUAAAAAGUGGAAUACAAAAUAUGUUACAGUUUUACAUUCCUGAAGUUGAUGAGGUAGUACAGGUCCAAGAUGAAGUAGAUGAAGUAAACAUUAAAGCCUUUGAAGAGCUAGAGAAGAAGUUAAAGGAUACAUAAAUUAUUUAACUGAAGUUUUAUGACUUUAUUGAGAUCUGGUUUUCUUAUAGUUCUCUUGUAAAACAAAGUUAAAUUGAUCCCAUAUUACCAGUCUCUUUAUUUAAGUGCAAUUUUAUUACUAGAAAUGCUAACUGUAUUAUGAAUUGUUGCUUUUUCGUUAUCAUCUGUAUUUUCCUUUAAAUAUCUGAAUGGGAACAAUCUGGAACAUAAAUACUAUUACCUGGGUCAAUGUUGAUCAUUGCGAAGAGAAUAAUGUAAUGGCAUUUCACUCAGUUCUCAUUAGAAUAGUUCCCUUUUUUAGGACUUCAUUUGUAGGACAUCUCAACCCAUAAUCUCUUGAACUUAGUAAGAAGCCUGUACAGUCUAAGUAAUGCUUCCUAGAUUCUUAGAUAGCCUGAAUUGCACACAACAAAAAAUGAUGAAGAACUUAAAAUAUUUUCAUCAGCUAUCACCUACCACGUGUAUUUCAGGGUUAUUCAAAACUGGCUUUAACGAGCAUCAUAUAAAAUGCCAUGGAAGCAAGAUAUUCCUAAAGUGCAGUUUUCCAAGCUUAUAUAAGAUAGUCUACUUUUCAUAUUUGAGCUGCAAGGGGAAAGGGGAGAAUAUUUGAAGAAUGUUGGAAGAAUAAAAACUAUUUGUGAUGUUUAAUAGAAGGUACCAGAUACCCAUCCAUUGAUAUUUAGCUGAUGUACUUUGUCAAGUACACACAAAACUAUUAAAAAUAUUUGUAAUACUCCCACUAAUUAUUUAUUUUUAAAGUGAUUCCGAACUUUGUAGUCAAAUAAAACGACUGCAAUGUUUCUGGCUGCUGUUACCUAUUCAAACUAGAGUUUUUUUUUUAAUUUGGUCAACAAUCUUUAUUUUGCCAGUUUGUAUGUUUUUAAGUGAAUUCUUUUCAGUAUAGAAUUUAAUGGUUUGGUCUGUAUAAAGACUUAAAUCUGCUUGACAUCUGAAUGGCAGUGCUUUAACUUGGUCAUAUUGAAUAUAGAUUGUUGAACUCAAGCAAACCUAUUGUUUUAUUGUUGUUGAAGGUUUGAAUUGUACAGUGUACAAAUGAUGUAUACGUGGUGUAUAUUCAUAAUAUCACUUUUACAAAUAUAAUAAAUGGGACAGUUUGUAAAUAGCUUGUACAAUGAAAGUAGAUGUCUUAAAGCUAUUAAAGCAACUACAAUUUAUUGGAAGGAAAU